AUGUCUGAAAAAUCCGGGAAUACUGAGGGCGUCACUGUGCUCACCCGUGGUGAUAGCCGUAACAACGGCCACUACUUCAGUCACCCUACGAGCCCCGAGCCUCGGGCUGCACCCCCACAGCCUGCUGCGCCGGUGCACCAGAUCGGAGACCCAACGCCCCUGGGAAUGUUGGCAUAUGGCACCGUCUUCCUGUGCUCGUCCCUGCUGACGUUGGGUGUUGGUGGCGUCACGACGCCCAACCUGGUCCUUGUUUUCGCAAUGUUCUAUGGUGGCAUCUCCCAGACAUUGGUCGGGAUGUGGGAGUUUUAUCUUGGCCACACUUUUGCAGCGACUGUCUUUGCCACAUACGGGGGCUUCAACUUCAGCUACGGCGCACUCUAUUUACCCGAGAUUGGUCUUGCGUCCGCAUACUCCGUUAACGGCGUUGUGACGGAAGAAUUCACGCAUGCCGUUGGUAUUUACCUCGCAAUCUGGUGCCUCAUUACCGGCUUGUUCUUCAUUGGCGCACUGCGAACAACAGGCCCAAUUGUGUGGACAUUGGGAAUGACCGUGAUUGCCCUCGCCUGCCUGUCUGCCAACUGCUUCAACGUCGACCCUCACCUCGGUACAGCAGGCGGUGCGUUUGGUCUCGCGGCAACUGCAGGUGCCUACUACGGAGCGCUUUCUGGAUUCUACUCUCGCGCAUCGACGUUUGAACAAAUCCGCCUCCCACCAGUUGUGCUUGCAUACUCCGACCCUCAGAGUGCAUGA